ACUAAAUAGAAACCAGUCUACCCUUGUCGGGUUUUGUUAACUCUAAAGAUAUGUUGAUUUUCAUCGCCGGCGUAGCCCGAGCUUUUCCGUCACCUGUUUUCCCCGGAACCUUGUUCAAACGCCUUCCCGCUCGUCAACAUUCAUUCCUCAGUUUCAACAUUCUUUCCGCCAGGAGGAUCAGCUUCUCGGUCUCAGCCACCGCCCCCGCCGCCGGAAGCCUCCAUUUGAGGGAUUUGUCCUCCGAGCAGAAAAAUCAACUUCGGCUUUAUAUCGACACGCUACUCCAAUGGAACAAGAAAAUGAACCUCACGGCCGUGAAAGAGGAGAAUGAGGUGAUGGAAAGGCAUGUGGAGGACUCAUUAGCGAUUGUGAAUCCCCUUCGCGAUUCAUACCUGUCGCGCUGUGGAAAUUCUGUUGAGAAUUUGAAUGUCGUCGAUGUUGGAAGUGGAGCAGGUCUUCCUGGAUUGAUUCUCGCCAUCGCCUGCCCUGGUUGGAACGUUACACUGCUUGAGUCCAUGAAUAAGCGUUGCGUCUUCUUGGAGCAUGCUGUUAGCCUCAUUGGCUUGCACAAUGUGCGAAUUGUUCGAGAUCGAGCUGAGAAUCUUGGACAAAAUCUUAAAUUCAGAGAGUCUUUUGACAUUGCAGUUGCUAGAGCCGUUGCAGAAAUGAGAGUUCUUGCUGAAUACUGCCUUCCUCUAGUCCGUGUUGGUGGUUUGCUUGUGGCUGCGAAAGGUCAUGAUCCUCAGGAGGAAGUGACAAAAGCUGAAAGAGCUAUUCGUUUGAUGGGGGGUUCUAUCUUGCAAACAUGUUCCGUGGAAUCACAUAGCAAAUACGGGCAGAGAACAGCGAUUGUAUGCCUAAAAGAGGGUCCGACCCCAAGAAAAUAUCCUCGUGCUCCCGGUACUCCAUUGAAGCUACCACUGUAAGAAUGAUGCUCUACCGCCAUGCCUUCGAGCUUCAG